CGACGAUGACGACGACGACGAUGACGCCGCCGCUGAGGAGGACGAUGACGAGGAUGACAGCGAAGAAGAUCGAUUUGGCGGGAAAUCCAAGCCACAAGUCAAACGCGUCCGCCAGUCGUCUGCCGCUGCUGCUGGUGACGAUACCAGCACCAGUGGAGGCAACCGUCGCGGCAAGAAGAAAACCUCUGUGCUGAGCGACGCCGACGAAGACGAGGAGCAGGAGGACGACGACGACGGCGAUUUUGACGAUUUGCGCGGGAAAUCGGCUCGCUCAUCUUCCACUCCAAAGACCAAGCGCACUGGUGAAGCGGCGGCUCCGCUUCGGCGCGCUGGCAGCAGUGGUAACACGAUGGGUGUCAAUUCUGGCACCGUCGCGGUGCUGUCCAAGGCGUCUGUGUCGAAACGCAAGGGGCCGCUCGCCGUGGCUUCAAAAGACGCUGCUGUUGUGCUUCAAGAAGUGAACAAGCUGGCCAAGGCACAGCAGCAAUCUGUCAAGCACCGAGCGACGUUGGAGGAGCUUGGAAUUUCUGAUGCUCGUGAAGUCGCUGUGAUGGAUGAUGCUGAUGUUGCGCAGACAAUCGAACGCAUUGUGAUUCAAGCUGCUCAGUCCAUCUUGGCUGGCACAGGCUUCUCAUACGAUGUACCUUCUCGCGCCAGCUCCAACCAGCUCUAUGUUCCUCAACUGGAACGCAUUGUGCUGAAAAGUGCAGUUUCAAACCGCCCGUUCAGCAGCACGGCCACUGUCCGCAAAACCGCGAUUACAACUCGCGUUCUCUCGCUGGUUCAUGAGGUCCUCAACAAACGCAUUCACAUCACAAAGCGUGAUCUGUUCUACACGGACGUCAAACUGUUCGAAAAGCAGAAUGAUUCCGAUGCCGUUCUCGACGAUGUUGCCUGCAUGAUUGGCUGCACUCGUACCAGCUUGAACGUGGUUGCAAGCGAGAAGGGCGUCGUUAUUGGUCGAGUGACAUUCCGCGAUGAUGGAGACUUUAUCGACUGUACUAAAAUGGGCGUUGGCGGCAAGGCCAUUCCCUCGCUGAUUGACCGCAUCACCGAUUUGCAAGGCGACGCUCAGUUUGUAUUACUAGUCGAGAAAGAUGCUGCAUUCAUGCGUCUCAGCGAGGAUCGUUUUUACAAUCAAUACCCCUGCAUCAUCAUCACUGCACGUGGACAACCUGACGUUUCAACUCGCUUGUUUUUGAACAUGGUCAAGACGCGCCUCAACAUUCCUAUCCUUGGGCUCGUUGACAGCGAUCCGUACGGCUUGAAAAUUUUGUCCGUCUACCUGAGUGGAUCCAAGAAUAUGUCCUACGACAGUGCCAGCUUGACAACGUCAGAUAUCAAGUGGCUGGGAGUGAGGCCGUCUGAUUUGGAGACGUAUAAUAUUCCCAAGGAGUGUCGCCUUGACAUGACCGAGUCCGACAUCAAGUACGGUCAGGACCUGCUAAAAGAAGACUUUAUCAAGAACAACCCGGCGUGGAUGGCAGAGUUGGAACUCAUGCUCAAGACCAAAGAAAAAGCCGAAAUUCAGGCGUUGAGUAACUUUGGCUUUCAGUAUCUCACGCAGACGUACCUGCCGCUCAAGUUGCAGCAAGGCGACUGGAUUUGAACGUUGAGCACGCAAAUGUGCUUUUCUCGUUUCUAUCGUCACAGUUCCAACAUGUUCGAGUACAGCAACAUUAUAUAG